UUUGCUGGGUCUUUUGCUGUCACUUUCCGUACAAAAUACGAAGUAAAAAAAAAUGAUGGAGUUUUUGUAAAUUUCUUUUUAGUUUACGCUCUAGUUUAACAAAUUUCAAUGAACUGUGUGUUAAAACUGUGAGGAAAAGUUCAAUAAUCUCGGGUUUAAAUACAAUCUAGUGUUAUCCGCGUAGUAAAUCCUUGCGAAGUUAUAGUUAGAAAAGAAGAAAAAGGUGCCGCGAGUGUUGGAAGAGAAAGAAAAACGUCGCGAGUUGUGUGCAGUUUUUUUUUUCCUUCAUCAUCUUCCGGACAGAGUUGGCCAGGAAGCAACAGAAAGAAAUCUUUUGUGCGCGAGGAUAAUCACGUUGUUUUCCUCCUGAAAAAAACUCUAUUCUUAGUGCAGUAGGCAUUCGCUGUUAAUGUUGUAUCUGUGAUCCUUUUUUUUGUGGAGAAAAGCAGUGCUGUGUCAACCAUUUAGUAGCAAUUCGUGAAGCCAAGAGGGGACAUAUUUCGCGCACCGUGGAAAUAAAGCCAGCACCUCAGCCAUGUAUUGGGAUGGCUCCUACACGCCCUCGCAGCAUUUUGAGGCUCUGCUCAACCGGAAGAAUCUCACAUUGCUGGAGAUCCUCGAAGAUCAGGACAUUCUCCAGGAGUGUCGGACACAGAACCCCAAAUUGGUCCAAUUCCUCAAUCGUCCGGACAUUCUGGAGGAACUCGUGACGCUAAUCACAACAGAACCGCCCACAGAUGUUGCCGAGAGCGAACGCUUUAAGCAUUCCAAUUUGGCAUGUGAGAUUCUCACGAGUGACAUGCCGUCCCUCAAUCAGAGUCUCGUGGCGGAUCCUGUGAUUCUGCAGAAGCUCUACUCAUUCUUGGAGCAGAAGCCACCCCUCAAUCCGCUCCUUAUGUCGUUCUUCUGCAAAACAUUUGGGAUGCUAAUUGAUCGGAAGCAGCAUCAGGAUUGGUUUGCAUAUCAAUACGUUUGCAUCACUGUGUUGGACUUUAUUAAAUCCCGAACGGAUUUUCUCGGUACAAUACUCCAGCACAUGGGUACACCGGUCAUUAUGGAUCUCCUGCUGUACAUAAUUAUGAAUACGCAAGGCCCGGAGUUGCGGCAGAGUCUGCUUGAGUGGUUCAAUCAGCAGAAACUCAUUGAACGCCUCAUUGGGGCACUUGGUAUGGUGGGGGAUAGGGAGAAGCAUGAGAAUAUUGCGCAAUUCGUCGUGGAGUACAUUCGUGAGGGGCGACGGAAGCGUCAGAGUGAGAAGGAGGAGGGCAAUCAGGUGGACCUUCUGCUGGAGACACUCGAAGAUGAGAAGACCACUGAGCUGCUCCUCCGGACGAUUCUCGAUGGAGAGAAUCAGAAUGACGGCAACAUUGUUGCCGGCAUUACUAUUAUUCUUGCCUUAAUUGAGUAUUUAGCGACAAAUGAGCUUUCCGACGAUUCCGCCGUUCAGUAUCUCGUGAACAAGGAGAAGGAGCACCAUUCAAUUGUUGUGGGGAAGAUUCUUGGGGUGCUCAAGGGGCACAUAGGGAAGUUUCACGAUCUUCUCCUUAAACCACCGGAUAUGUCGCCGAUGCUCCAAGAGGCGAACGUAUCCAUUCUGCCAGCUUUCGGAAAUACAAGACUACAAAUAUGCUGUCUAUUCACAGUAUUAAUAGAAACACAGGAUAGUGAUAUUAUCAAUGCAAUUUGUGCAACAGAUUUUUUUAACACAUUGCUCAACCUCUUUAAGCAAUACUGUUGGAAUAAUUUUCUACACAACCAUGUCAAUAAGUGUCUACGCUACGCAUUGAACGCUUUUGACACGGGCGUCUCGACGGAAAAUUACAAGACCGUAUUGAAUUUGUCUGCCUUACAGAAACACGUGGUGGUUGAUUGCAAAGUAGUGUCAAAGUUGCUGGAUUGCUGGAUGUACAAUGAGAGUGAGCGGGAGACGAAUCAGGGACGUCGUCUGGGGUAUAUGGGUCAUCUGAUUCAGAUACUCGACUCACUGGUUUCAAGCUACACAAUGUCUGAGGAACUUCGUGCCUUAAUCGAUUCGACACUUGAGGAGGAUGAGUUGGUGCUGUGGCGGAAGAUAACUGCCGUGGAUGAUGGCGAAUUGACUGAGGAGAUUAACAUGCAGAAGCGCUUCCUUGCCGAUCACAAUCCAUUUCAGGCUAAUAACAACGUGGGACCCAAAGACUUCUACAACGAGGCAUCAAAUACGUUUAACGACUUUGGAGACACCAUGCACUCUGCAAUAGAUGAAAUGCCCAAUGCAAUUGAAAACAUCUUCUCGGCUUACAUAUCAAGUGACCUAAGCUCGAGUAUUCUCAAUAAUCUCAAAGUGUGGCCAGAUGAUGAGAUUUUGGCGUGUGAUAGUGAGGAUUUCGAGUCAGCGUGGGCCAAAGAUGACGAUGCAAAGGAUGCAAGUGCAUUAACAUUCACCAAUCCAUGGGAUUCCGAAGCAACACCAAUUGCAGACGAUGUGAAGGUUUGCGAUUCCGGAUGGGCAAAUUUCUCCUCUGACAAUUUUGCUGACUUCGAUACGCACUUUAGUCACAUUACCGGCUCCGGGAAUGGUGUUGACGCGUUUCCCAGUCCCACAGAUGAUGAUGAUGAUGAUGAUGGUGGUGACAAGGAGGUGGCACCACUCGAAGACAAUCAGAAGGAUGUUGAAGUGAAUGAUGGAGGAGAGGCCGAAACAUCGGGUACCGUCACGGAUAAAAAAGAAGAUGAGGCAGAUGAAGAGAAGGAGGAGAAGGAAGAAGACGUUGGUAGUGUAGUAGAAAAUAUCCCAUCGGUUGAGGAGGGCAACAAAAUGCCAAUUCAGACUGAUAGCACAAUCACAGAGGACAAAACCUGCGAUGAAAAUGCCAAAAAUGGAGACAACUCUCACACUUCUGAAGAAGCUACUGACGUGCCAUUGAAUGCCGCAACAGAAAGUACCAAUGAUGGGGAAAUUGGCAAUUCCGCGGAGGAGCCAAAGAGCAAUGAAAAUAGUGCCGAUGAGAUACUUCCUAGCAAUGGACCAAGUGAUUCCAUCGACGUGGAACUCAAAAAUUGUAACAACAAUGAAAUCAAUGACUGCAAAAGUCAACCAACUUCCAACAAGACGGCAAUUGUGGCAACGGCUGUUGAUGAAAAUAAUGCCACGUCGUUUGUGGAAAAUGGGCCGGCUUAAGGAGGCAGAAAUAUGUAUGUAUUGAGCAGCAAAAAAAAUAUUAUUUUUAUUGAAAAAUUCUUUCCAAAAUAGCAUAAAAAAUCACAAUACACACAUAACUCCCACCCGAUAGAAAAAAAAAGAAAGAGCAAGAAAUUCUCAAUUUGAGCAGCAAAAAAAACGAAUAUAAAUAAUUAUUAUUUUAUUGAAUGUUAUUAUAUUUUAAUUUUGUUUUUCUGGGAGAGACAAAAAAGCACGCUUUAGCAGUGAUUUUUUUUCCUCGUUGAAUUGAAAAUAAAUUUUUGGGCUUCAGAAACUCCCAUUCUACAUGAAAAUGUAUUUUCCUCCAUGAAAAUGGUAACGUUUAAACGAUAGAAAAAAAAAAGGAAAUUGGACUUAUUUGCCACAAUCAUAUCAUUCACACGGUAACCAUUUUGUUAAAGAAUAAAAAAUCUAUCAAAAAAAAAUAAGGUAAAGAUGACAAUUACGGAAAAAAAAGAAAAAGGAGAAUACAAAAAUUGUAUUAAAUUUAGAUAAAUAAAAAUAUUUCUUAAGCAUGUAAAAUAGUGGAGGUGUGAUUGGAUACUAGUUGAAAAAAAAACUUUCAUAGGGAUUACCUAAGGCAGGUAAUAGGGCCCAUCGACUCAGUCACAUUAAAUAAAUUUAAAGAAAUAAAAUUAAAAAAAAAGAAAACAUUGAUGAGACAAUUUGAAAAGAAAAAAAACUAACUCAUGUCAAUGAGCAUUUAAAAAAAGAUUUUUGAAAGAAAAUCUGAAAAAUUGGUAAAAUUAGAUUUAAAAAGUCUUCCGGGGAGGGAGUAAUAAUUUGAAAAGAAUCAAUUGAGAAAAAAAAUGAAAAUAUUUAUAAGUAAAAACAAAACUUUGAAAAAAAUACAAUAGAUUGUUUUUUAAAUAAUUUUUCAAUUAUUUUUCCGUGAUUUAGUUAAUUCUUUUCAAAUGAAUAAAUUAAAGAAAAAAAAUGAAGAGAUAAUUCCGCCCAAUUUUAAAAAUAGGAUUAUUAAAAAAAAGAGAAAACAAAGUUUUUUGAAUAAAAAAAAAACACUGGGAAAAUAUACCAAAAAAAAAAAUAAAUCUAUGGUUAGCAAACUUCUUCGUGUUAGUUUUCAACAUCACAUUAUGCUGAAAAAUAGGAAAAGAAAAAAAAGCAGGAAAGUCUUGAGAAAAAUUCAAAUAAUUUUAAGAUGAGGGUAAGAAAAAAAUAUUAACACCAACAUACUCAAAAAUACUAAAAAAAAAAAAAGAAAACCACAUUGCUCUGAGGACUUAAAAGCGAAUGAUAAAAGUGCAUUAUAAAAUAUACCUAAAUUAAUAUUUUUGUAGUUAUUUGCUUUUUCUAUAUAUUUCUAAUUAAUUGUAAAUGUAUGUAUUUAAACAAGAAGAAAAAAAAUAUGAAAAAGUAUAAAUCACGCGGAAAUGGACAAAAAAAAUCCAUGUUAAUGUUGAUUAAAAGCAUUACACUGAAAAAAAACUUUCAAAAAAAUGGACCGCGUUUGGAGAAGAAAAAAAAUGGUUUAAAAUAAUAAAUUUUGUGUGAUUUAUUGCUCAAAAUCAGUGACAAAUUUAUAUAAAUAAAUUCCACCCACCAUAUAAAAAAUACAAGAAAAUAAUCAGUGACAUUAAAUAAAAUAUGAAAAUAUUAAAAAAAAAAAAACUUCACUAUUCCCCUUAAUAAUAAAAAAAAAAUGCUGAUGCAGUUCACACUAUUAGAGUAGAAAUUAAAUGCAUAAAUAAGACAUGGGAUAGAUCAUUAUUACCUAUAAAAUGAAGAAAACUGAAAUUUUAAAUUGACAUUAAUCGUGCGUACAAAAUUUAUCUAAUGAAGUUUAGUUAAAAAAAAAAGAAACUUUUAAAAAACAAAACUAGAUAAGAUGCAAAUCCCAAUUAACACGAAAUUACGCUGCAAGUUUCUGGAGAUUUUUUUUUAUUAAAGAAAAAAAUGUUUGGUAAGACCUCAGUUUGCAGCAGAAAUAUAUUUUUUGUGUGCUCAAAAACCUUGAAAACAAGAAAAUUUAUAGGAAUCUUGCUUUCAUAAUUAUGGGACAAGAUAGUUAGUUUGGGCCCCAAUUGCUAUAAAAUUGACAAACAGCGCCCUGAUAAGCCAUAAACGCUUGUGAUGGUGUCUUUUUUUUUAAAGACCCGUGUUUAGCUAUUGGGACUGAAGCUUUUCGUAAACGUUCAUUAUUUUGUAGCACUUUUAACUAUAAAAAAAAUAAGGUUGCUGAGAUAUAUAAAAUAAAACCACACCAUUUGCUAUAAAAUUGACAAACAGCGCCCUCCUUCUCCAUAAACCCAUAUAGUGGCGAAUUACGAAGCUUCUGUACUUUACAGCAACACCUAUUAAAUGCUAAGCUUCAGGAAUUCGACACUAAAAGCAUUUGCGGAAGACGAGGACGCUAUUUGUCAAUUUUAUAGCAAUGAGAUUUUAGGUUAUAUUGUUAUUAAAACUAAACUUUCAAAAUUCACCACAAGCGUUUUAGUUGAGGCGCCAAUUGCUAUAAAAAUUGACAAACAGCGCCCUCACUUUCCAUAAACUUCUGUGGUGCUCAAUUACGGAACGUCAGUACUUUAUAGCAACACCUAUAAAAUGCUAAGCUUUAAGAAUUCACCACUAAAAGCGUUUUCGGAGGACAAGGGCGCUGUUUGUCAAUUUUAUAGCACUGAGGGGCAGGUUUUAGGAUUUUGGCUCUUACAAUUUCUAUAUUAAAUAUUUAACUUUUCAAAAUUCAGCAUCACAAGUGCUUUAGUUGAGGCGCAAAAAUUGCUAUAAAAAUUGACAAGCAACGCCCUCAUCUUACGUAAACUCUUGUGGUGGUGAAUCCUAAAAGUUCAGCAAAAUUAAAAUGAUUUUUUUUCAAAAGAAUUUUGAGAUUUGUGCGAAAAUGCGUUUAUUGGGAUUUGCUUAAUUAACUUUAUUUAAAGUAUUUUUGUUUCUUUAUCAAAUGGCAUUACACUCAAAAUAAAAAGUAAAAAAAAGUAACAUGAAAAUGGACCAGUUAAUCAUACUUAAAAAGAAAACAUAAUGCUGAAAAAUUAGGGCAAAAGCAGAGAAAUAAAAAAAAAUGAAAAUGACAUUUUGCACAAAAAAAAUACUACGAGGGAGAAAAUACUAACAUUUAUUGACACUAUUUAGUUUAAAUAAAGAAGAAAAAAAAACAAGUCUGGUGUUUAAAAAAGAUUUUUAAAAAAAAAAUAUUAAAAAGCUUGAAUGUGAGAUUUUUGUGUGUCAGCCUAAGUUUUAUUAUUUUUUCCUCUUCUCAAAUAGACCAUGAGACACAAACACUCUGGGAAAUUGCCAUGUUGACGAUCUCAAGAAGCAAUAGAAGAAAGCCCCAACUAAAGAGGGUUCUUGUUGAUAUAUUUUCUCUUUUUUUUUCACUCCUAAGUUGACUCAAAUCUUUCUUUUUUUAUUAUGGAUAAUUUCCUUGAGUCAUUUGUGUCUGAGAAAAGAAACUACCUCAAAUCAUCAUUGAAUGAUCAUUUUUAAUUUUUCAUUUUAUGUUUCUUCACAAUAUGUACCCCGCAUGAUUAGUGUGGGGGGAAGGAAAGUAAAUGCAAAGGGAUGCGUCACAAGUUAAAUCAUAGCCUAGGUUCUCUUUAUUACUAUUUUUGUUUGUUACUGCACUUGAGGAAAUUGAGAGCUGCGCAGGAUGAUUCUGCUGGAAAAUUAGAUUUUGAAAAACUUAAAAAUCUGUGGAGUUUUUGGGCUGUUUAGCUGCUUAAAUUUGCAAUUUUUUUCCGCAAUUUUUCCUUAAUAAAAGAUUUUCAAAUUCAAUUUGAAUAAAUUAAACUUAUAAAAAAUGUUCUUUUGAGUUAAUUUCCACGAGAUAAAUUCAUUUUGAAUAUAUUUUACUACAAAGUGCACUAAUUGCUUCAACGCCACCUAUUGCAACACCACCGAGUAGCUUAAAGAAGAAUAAAAGACUUAAACGGAUAAAAAAGACUAAAAUUCCUUCAAAACUAAAAACUUUGUUAAAAAUUCGAUUUUUAAAUCGUUUUGAAAGAAAAUGUUAAUCAUUAGAAAGAAAAAUGGUAAAAAUUGGAAAUGAGGAAUGUUAGAAAAGAUGCUUCAAAUUUAAACGUUAGAAGAGAAAUGUCACACGUUAAAAAAAAGAAAAAAAAUCUAAUGUUUGGAUUGCACAAUUUAUCAAAAAAAAUCUAAUUCUAAUGCAACAGCCAUUAAAAUACUUUAGUAAUCUCAAUUUCUCUAAAUAUCUACUGUCAAAUCGUUCCUUCAAAACCAAUCAAUCUCCUAAUUAGACUUCAAAUCAUGUCUCAGUAAAAUUUAAAUAAAAACACAAAAUUAUCGAAUUAUUUUAACAUAAACGACUUCCAUGUUAAAAAAAACCCUAAAAAUAAAUAGAUAUUGCUCAAAUUAGAGAAAUAUUAAAAUCUACUAUUUUCCAUAGUAGAAUUUAUCCAAGCGCAAAAUUUUCCUGAGUGUAGUCGCUUUAAUGUUACUGCAUGUAAAGAAAAGGCUAAAAGUAUCUAAUUACAGUGAAAUAAAAAUCAUUUAAGUUAAAAAGACAUUAAUUUUCUGUUAUACCUAUACCUUUAACUACUAAGGAAAUAGUAAGAAUGUAAUUUUAGUUGAAUCCUAUAUAAUUUUUUUUUGAGAAUUUUCAGUGAAAAAAAUUUUAUGGAAAGCAAAAGAAAAAAAGCAAGGAAUGUAAACCAGAAAACUUUAAAUUUAAUUGUAUUUGAUGAAAAGAAGUGACAAAUUUUUAGAAAAACAUGGUGCAAUAAUGUGAUUUCAAGCAUUAAAAAUAAUUAAAGGAAAUUUAUAAACCAUUUUUUAUUAAGAGUUUUAAAAAAUGAUGAUGAAAAAAAUUAAGAAAUAUAAACUGUGCCUAUAAAUAUAACCAAAAAAAAAGUAAAGAAAAGGGUUUGUUUUCGAUUUUUUCUUUUUAAAUUAAGAAAAUAAAUAAGUGGAGGUAAAUAGCGAUGAUUACCCGUAUUGCAAACUUACGUAUAUAUGAUAAUUAUUUCAAUGUAUAGUUAAAAAAAAAGGGACGAGUACAUAAGGAAAAAAAAACAACAAAGAAACUUGAGAACAAAAAUGUUCGAAGAAGCAUAAAAAAAAGCAUUUUUCCUUUUUCUUUUCAAAGAAAAUUUACAAUGUGUAAAUUUUCAUUUUAAUUUUGAAUGAAAAGAAAGCAAAAGGACGUAAAAUCAACAAAAUGAUUUUAUCGCUACGAAGAAUUAGGUGAAGAUGAAUUAAAAAAAAAAGUGAAAUAAUGGAAAUAUAAAAGCUUAGAAUUUGUAUGUGUCUUAAAAAGUAAUUCUUAUUCUAUAGAGUGAAGUAUUUUAAGGAACAUAAAAAAAAUGACUAAAAGUAAAUCCAUAAAAUAUCAUUAAUUUCUUUCGGCAUUUUUUUUUAAAUGAAUUUUUAAAAAAUGUCGAUUUUGUGGCUUUUAUGAGACUCUGAAAAUGCAUUAAGAAAAAAAUACAAGAAAACUCCUAAUCCUACGUCAUUCUCCUAUAACACGUGUAAGAAAAUCUUGUAUAUCAUUACUUAAGGUGAUAUCAUAGAAACAACACUAAAACGCAUAUCUCAAAUCUUAAUUACAUAUGAACAUUUUACAAGAAAAAAACACAUAAAUAAAUUAAUUAAAGUAAAGAGAAAAAAACAAUUCAAACACUAAUGAAGUAGAUUUAUUUUGGUAAUUUUUUUCUUCAAAGGUUUUCUUUUAAAUAAAUAAAUAAAUUUUGCAGGAUAAUUAAAAAAAAAUAAUCAGAAAUAUCGUGCAGUUUCAAAAAUUAGAAAAUUAUAAUUUAAAAAAACAUUUCUUAAAAUUAUUUUGAAAGUACAAUUUCAAAAAGAUUUUUUUUUGGGAAAGCAUUUCUCUUUCACAACAAAUAUUGUAAGAGGGACAGACCCUAAAUUUUUGUUGAAAAUAAAUAAAUAAUAAAAAUAAAAACAGAAUCGCGGCUGUAAAAUAAUUUCAUUUCACGAUUUUUUUUAAAUUGAGUGAUUCUUAAGUUUGAAAUAUUUUUUUUUAGUUUGCAAAAAUGUUAAUUUAAAGAAACAGUUAAAAAUUAAUUAAAAAUGAAAUAGAUUUUGAAGCCUGAGAGCAUUUUUUUCUGAAAGAUUUGGAAGGCAAAAAAAACUAUGUGUAGAAAUACAGCAGAAUGUAAUAAAAUGUAUUAAGGAAAAUAAUAUCUUUUUAGUAGAAAUGAAAAACAAGAAAAGAUUUAUAAAGAAAGAAAGAAAAAAUGGGAGAAAUAUUCAAAUUUAGUAUGUGUUUUGAUGACGUGAUAGCUUAACAAAAAAUAUUACUUUGAAUAAAAAAAAAGUAAAUAAGAAAGAUAAUGUGACUAACUUAUUCGUCGCUGUUAUGUAUAAAAUGAAAGACAAAAAAAAUUCACUGAAAGAUACAAAAAAAUGGAAUAGUUAAAAGAAAAUUGAAGUGACAAAAAAAUGAGAAUUAUUAUAACAAUGAAUUUCAAUUCCCGGUGCUCAUCUUCCUGCUUCGACAUCAAAAAGAAUUUCUUAGUCUAAAAAAAAUAUUUUCAAAAUGAUUUUCUCAAAAAAUAAAUGAAAAAAAAAUUAAUUUUGAAAUUCAUGAAAAAAAUAUUUUUCUCGGCUGAAAUGUGAGUGAACAAUAGGAGAGAAUUUCUAGUUAAAAAGAAAAGAAGAAUAUAGCAAUUUGUAAGAAAACAACGAAAGUUAAAUGUGCAAACUUUUGCAAUUAAUUUACGUUAAAGAAAAGUCUUUUCAUAAACAAUAAGUACAGAAACAUCUUAUUAAGAAAAUAAUGCAAAAACAUUGGUUAAAACAAUAAUACUGAGAUGAGACAUGGACAAAAUGUGACCAAAGGAAAAGUCUUUAUUUAUUAUGUUUGUUUUUUUUUGUAUUUUGACUACAAUGAUUGAUAUUUUCUGUGGUGAAAUGGAAAAUUAUUCUCAUAUUGAAAUUUCCAUUGAGAUGGCUGAUAAAUCUGGGGAUACUACAGGCCAUUUUUCUAAACCAUCUAGUUAAGAAAUUUUCGGUAAAGGAAUUGCGAAUUAAAGCUAAAUCAUGAAAGAAUCUGCAGGAAGAUCGCGAAAGAAAUUAAAGGAAAAAGAUCAAAAAAUUAACGCAGAAAAUAACUCCAUAAAGAUCGCGGAAGAUCAUUCAGUAAGAUCUCGAAAUAAAAGAAGGAAAACUGCAAAGAACACAGAAGAUCACAAAAACUGUUAAAAGAUCGCCAAAGAACUGCUUAAAGAUCGCCUUGGAUGUAUUAAUAGGAUUCAAAGAAAGAUCAGAGAACAGCAGAAAUAUUGAAGAAUAAACUUCAAAAAGAUCAGAGAAUAAACUGCAGAAGUAAAGCAGAAAAGCCCUGCACAAAGAUCGCGAUUGAUUAUUCAGUAUAAGAUCUAGAAAAAUAAUCAGAAAAAAGAGUAGAUCGUGAAAAACGGCUCAAAGAUCGCAAAAGAAAUCACAAAAAGGUCACGGAAGAAACUUAAGAGAAAUCAUAAAUCAAACUGCAAAAAGAUCGCGGAGAUUGUAGGUACUAAAAGAAUAAGAUCAAAGAACAGAAAGAUUGAAGAAUAAACUAAAGUCGUCUGAGAAGAAACUGCAGAAGAUUUUUUUUAAAUAAAAAAAAAAAAAAUAAUAAUUUACUAAAAUUAAAAAAAAAAGUCCGGAUAGUAUUCCAAAUAAUCCCCCUAAAAAGUCAUUAAAAUGGAAAAUUAAAUGUGAAAUGAUUUUCUAUUGAGAGACAAAAGGAGACGAGAAAGUUUAGUUAGAAAAAAACAAGAUGGCGGUACAGCAACAGCAUUACCAAUACUUAUGAAUAUCUAUUAUACUAUAAUUUUAGGAUAAUUUGAAAACUUAUCGUACUAUAAUGAGGAUCAUCAUACAGGAAAAAAAAUGAUUCUUUAUUAAGGAAUUCUGUUGAAAAAAAAAACACGCAACACACGUACAUAGAAAAUUAAACAAAAAAAAUACACUUUUGAAAAAAAAAAAACGACUAGAAAGAAUUACAGAGAAACUUUCUUUGGGACUGAAGAAAACCACUUAUUUAAUCUUCCUAGAGCUUUAAAAAAAAGUAGGAUGUUUUUUAUUUCUUCUUCUUUUAACUUUACAACAAUAUAUUUAGUUUUUUGAGGAGGUAGAGAUGAUGGAGUGGGUGAUUUUCACUAUAUACAUACAUAUAUAAAUAUAUUGUGUAAUUUUUUUGUUUUGUGUUUUUCUCAUAAAAUCAAAGACGGUUCCUGCCAUAAAGAAAUACCUUUGAGAGAACUUUUUAGUUGUUGCCUUUAAAAUGAAUUCAAAGAGAUUGAAGUUUUCCGCUAUUAUAUAAUUUGUAAAUGUGUGAACUACUUUAAGAGCUAGAAUAAAUAUCCCUAAAAUAA